UCUAGAGUUAACGUACCGCUAGCUAGCUAGCUGCACGUAACAGAAGUCCACCAUGGCCUCGAGGAACACCGCACUCGUGUUCCUCCUCGCGCUGCUCCUGUCGUGCGUCGCUAUGAGCAGCGCGGCGAGGAGGCUGCAGGAGCAGGAGACGGCUCCGCCCACGGAAGAAGCGCCGUCCGCGCCACACCUGACCGUGCCGAGGCUGCCAGACUACAAGCUGCCGCCUAUGCCCAAGUUCGAGCUCCCGCCGUUCCCAGAGAUGCACCUGCCGCCGUUCCCGGGGACGCAGUGGAAGCCGGCGACGCGCACGCCCACCCUUACCGGGUUCUUCUUCCCGCAGCCGGAGCCGGAGGCCAAUCCAUGAGGACUUCUUCGUUGUGUCGUGCACGUAUGAAGUGUUGUUCGUGUGCUUGUUUAGUUGAGGUAUCAAACAAGAGUGUGCCGAUCUGUACGGCCGACGUUA